GUUUCUGGACUGGUCGGACAUGGACAGCAUCUUGGACAACAUCUCUGUGGUCGGCCUGGCAACUUCAGCCUUUGUACUGGUGACUGGAUGUGCGAACAUGGUCCUCAUGGCUGUCCUGUGGGUUCUCUACCUCUCCUUGGUCAAUGUUGGACAGAUCUGGAUGGGAAUCGCAGCUCUUGGAGACUGGCUUCCUGGCCAUAUUCCUCUGCCCGCUCUGGACCCUCUCCCGCCUGCCCCACUCCACUCCGCCGUCCAGCAUCGUCAUCUGGGGCUUUCGGUGGCUGAUCUUCAGGAUCAUGCUUGGAGCAGGGUUGAUUAAAAUUCGAGGAGAUCGCUGCUGGAGAGAGUUAACUUGCAUGGAUUAUCACUACGAGACCCAGCCGGUGCCCAACCCCAUCGCCUACUUCAUGCACCGCUCGCCGGGGUGGUUCCAUCAGUUCGAGACGCUCUUCAACCACUUCAUCGAGCUGGUGGUGCCCUUCUUCGUCUUCCUGGGGCGGCGGAUGUGCAUCGUGCAUGGCAUCCUGCAGAUCCUUUUCCAGGUGCUUCUGAUAAUCAGCGGAAACCUGAGCUUCCUCAACUGGCUGACCAUCGUGCCCAGCAUCGCUUGCUUUGACGACCUCAGCCUGGGAUUCCUCUUCAGCUCCAGGCGAGGGGGGGUGAAAGACCGGGUGGUGCAGAUGCAGGCCAGGUGGGCAGCCGGCGAGCAGCCUCCCCUGGGAUACGGCCGCUGCAUCCGCCAAGUGGUGAACAUCUCCUUCGGGCUCCUGAUUGCUUACCUCAGCGUCCCUGUUGUCCUCAACCUGCUCAGCUCCAGACAAGUCAUGAACACCUCCUUCAACCCUCUCCGGAUAGUGAACACCUACGGAGCUUUUGGGAGCAUUACCAAGGAGAGAACAGAAGUCAUCCUUCAGGGUACGUCCAGCCCGGACCCCAAUGACCCCGCCGCUGUCUGGGAGGAGUACGACUUCAAGUGCAAGCCCGGGGACUUGAAGAGGCGCCCGUGCUUCAUAACCCCCUACCACUACCGCCUGGACUGGCUGAUGUGGUUCGCUGCCUUCCAGACCUACGAGCAGAACGAAUGGAUCAUCCACCUGGCUGGGAAGCUGCUGGCCCAGGAAGAGGAGACCCUGUCCCUGAUGGCAACGAACCCGUUCGCAGGCAGGGCACCCCCACGGUGGAUCCGAGGGGAACACUUCAAGUACAAAUUCAGCCGACCUGGGGGAACGCACGCCGGCGAGGGGAAGUGGUGGAUUCGGAAGAGGAUCGGCGCCUACUUCCCCCCCGUCAACCUCCAGGGCCUGAAGAAGUUCUACGAAGACAGGAGCUGGCCGUACCCCGUGCGGGACUGACGGAGCCAGGUCAAGAGAGACUGCCUGGGGAAGAGCGAGAGCCGUCAGCUCCCUUAUAAAGCACACUUCUUGCCUCUCUCUGUAUUUUUUUACAAAUCUUUGUUUACACAUAUUUUACAGUAGGUUCCCAGCCAACCUGUCCACCUGCUGUUGUGGUCUGGUUUUUCUCAUCUUUCUGUUUCUGUCUGUUUGUCUUUCUCUUCAUAGCCUUGCCUGAUGAUGGAUUUCUUUUGUCAGGCUGCUCCAUUAGAAAAUCAUCAGCUCUGGAGUGAAGAAAAAGGUGAACAAAUACGGAGUCAAGUUAAUCUGUCCAAUUUGGCACAUUCCAGGUUUGCAACAAGUAUUUGUGAAGAGGGUUUUUAUACCUCUGCCGAUGCUGGAAUUUCACUUCAUUAGAUGAAGUUUUGCAGAUAAAAUUCAAAAUGGACCAAAAAUUAUGAAAUGUACUUUUGGGGGAAAGGUUCAGUAAAGGCAAAGUUCCUUUCCCUUUCUCACUGCUGUCUACUUUGCAAACUCUCAGGGCCACAUUCAGGUCUCGUGCAGAUUUAAUUCUGUGCGAUUUAAGACACUAGCACAGACGGGGCUCAGCUGAAUUUUCUCUGUCCAGCUGAAAGGAGGCUCGGAACACCUUGCUGCUUUCUCUGUCCUUUGCACCAGAGCCCAGUGCUUCUGCCUGUCCACCUUCUGUAUUGCUGCUGCUGGAAUCACCUUGCAAAAUGGGACGUGAAGCUCAGAAAUGGCUGGUUGGUGUUCUGCGGCCUGGGCUGUCCGGAUCAGUAAGUCGCAGCGGAGGGCAGAAAUCCCUGCCCUGCAGUGCAGCGCCACUCGUGGCAGCCCGGCCAACUCGCUGAGCCAUCAAAGCUGCUUUAUUCCCAAUGUACCUGCCCUUACGCUACCCCCUGCACCGCCCUGGCAAGGGCCUGCCCAGCACCACCUGACUGCAGGGCAGUGACCAGGGUGCACCGUGUGUCCCGUGCCCAGAGCUGCUGAUCCCUGCAGUGAGCAGGGAGCUGGCUCCAGGGCUAGGAACCCCCCUGAAUCCCUCCAUCCCCCUCUUUGCUCCAGCACUGAUGUUCAGCAUCACCCCACAAGGUCCCACCACGUGGGUGUUGCUCGGUGAGCCCCGAUCACAGACACAGGAGGAAAAUGAGAAUAUGCAGAGCCUGGAUGGCUUCUGGGCGCAGCGGGCAGCUGGCCCAGGUUGGUGCUAAGAACCGAUUGCUUGUUAGCACAUUUUGCUACAGACAUUUCUUCUUGAAGGGAAAAAAAAAGUUCAAAGCAACCUGCAUAACGCAUAAAAUCCCCUCGCCUCGGGGUUGCCUGCAGAAAGCCACAGGUUUGCUGAGGGUCCCAAAAUAGCUCACGGCGGAGCUGCCGUGUGGGCUCCGUGCAUCGCCAGCGCGGCCCCGAGGACAAGCGCAGCCCUGUGCGGCCCCGCGGUGCCCAGCACACAGCACCCGCGCGCCUGGCCGCUGCUCGGGGCUCAGCCGGGGACAGGGGCUGCUUUCAGGAGGCGGCUGGAGUCACCGAGUCUGCCGCCGGCCCCACCAAGCUCAAACAGGUUUUGUUUUAUCGGGCCCUGGCCUGGCCGCGCAGACGCGCUGGGCUUUUUCCUGUUUGCUUAACCUGGGGUUUUAUAACUGGCUCUUUCUCUCGGCCCAGAGCCGUGUGUUUGGAGAGCUGGCGGGGUUUGGUGCUGCGGGCGGCUGUGCUCAGGGGGCGGCGAGCAUCCUGCGGGGCACGGACACCCGGGGCAGGAGAGGAGCAGCCGCGGGCCGGUCCCACGGGGUCCAUGCGGUGCCGUUGGCCUCAGUCCCCCCAGGGGACAGCGGUGGCUUGAGAGCGCACAAAGAGGCGUUCAGCCUUCCAGCUCGGGGUCAGCACAAGCCACAAGUGAAGGGAUGAGCAUUGAUCUGUGCUGAGCCAUGAAACGGGUCGGUGCUCGGGGCAGAAACAGCAUCCCUCGGUGCCACCGACCACCUGGGAGCUGAUGCUGGCCUUGUCCCUGCCCUGUCCCCAGGGCUCAUCUGAGCCUGUCCCUUCCCAGCAUGAGAUGCUCAGCAGCGUGGCCAUUUGCAGUUUUGAAGGAAAAAUGUGAGAAAGCAGCAGGUAAACCUGUCCUAAAUGCCAGCGUGUGGGGGUGACCACACGGGAGGGAGGAUGCGGGCACACAAACGCCGUGUCACACGUUCCUCCCUGCCUUCAGACCACAUGUACCAAACGGGCACCACCAAGAGUGUAUUUCUGGAAGGGGAUUAAAGAAAGCAGCUCGUGAAUAACCA